AUUCUUUUUGAUUGGUAUAUACAUACGUGGAUGGAUAUGGUGCUUCCCACACAAAAAUCCCCUUCCAAAAAUCUCGUGCCGCCCGCCGCCGGACGAAUCGGAGCGCGGCGCCGCCGGGUAGGGAGCAAGCCUCCGACCUCCUCGACAGUGUCGACACCCGGACCUCACCUAGCCCCUGGAGCUUGUCGGCGAGCCGGGCGCUGGGCCAACCACAAGGCAGCGCCGCCGGGUUCGGCACGAGACGGCCGCCGGGUUCAGCGCCAAGGUUCUCACCGUUGGGUGCGCGAAGACCCAGGCGACCAAGAUACGCAAUAGAGUAUUCCAGUGGAUCAGGAAUCUACACCACCAUUUUUUUCUCCUCCAUCUUGGACUGCAGUUGUGUGUUGCGAGCUCAGAUGGCAGAGCUGGUGGCCACCAUGGUGGUCGGGCCAUUGCUCUCAAUCGUGAAGGACAAGGUGUCCAGCUAUCUGCUUGACCAGUACCAGGUGAUGGAGGGCAUGGAGGAGCAGCACAGGGUGCUCAAGCGCAAGCUGCCGGCCAUCCUGGACGUCAUCGAUGACGCCGAGCAGACUGCGUCCCACAGAGCAGGGGCCAAGGCUUGGCUCGAGGAGGUCAAGAGGGUGGCCUAUGAGGCUAACGGGGUCUUUGACGAGUUCAACUAUGAGGCGCUCCGCCGCUAGGCCAGGAAGAACGGGCACUAUGGCGAGCUUGGCUUCAAUGCAGUAAAGCUCCUCACUACCCACAAUCGUUUUUCGUUCCGCGACAGGAUGGGGAAGAAGCUGUGCAGGAUUGUGCAGGCCAUCGAAGUCCUUGUGGCUGAGAUGAACGCCUUUGGGUUUAAGUAUCAGCAGCAAGCACCAGAGUCCAUGCGGUGGAGGCAGAUGGACCAUGUUAUCUUCGAUCCGAAGAAAAUCAUCAGCAGAUCGAGAAGCCGAGAUACUAAGAAUAUUGUUGGUACACUACUUGGUCAAGCCAACAAUGCAGAUCUCUCGGUCGUUCCCAUCGUUGGAGUAGGGGGCCUAGGCAAGACCACCUUGGCACAGCUAAUUUACAAUGAACCUGAAAUUCAGAAGCAUUUCGAGUUGCUGAUCUGGGUUUGUGUCUCUGACAGCUUUGAUGUGGAUUCCCUGGCUAAAAGAAUAGUUGCAUUUCAUCUAGAAAAAGAUGUAGUUGAAGCAGCAGCUUCCAAGAAAAGCCCACUGGAUAGUCUUCAAGACGUACUAAGCGGGCAUAGGUACCUCCUUGUAUUGGAUGACGUCUGGAACCGAGAAAGUGAUAAGUGGGAAAAGCUCAAGGACCGCCUUACACAUGGUGCCAACGGCAGUGUGGUUCUGACAACUACUCGUGAUGAAGGAGUCGCAAAAAUAAUGGGUACAGUUAAACCCUAUAAUCUCGCAGCUUUGGAGGAUAACUUCAUAAAGGAAAUUAUCGAGACAAGAGCAUUCAGUUUGCAGAAGGAAGAAGAAAGGCCUGCUGUGCUAGUUAAUAUGGUUGAUGAGAUUGUGAAGAGAUGUCGUGGCUCUCCUUUGGCCGCAACAGCGCUGGGCUCUGUGCUGCGUACAAAGACAAGUGAAGAAGAAUGGAAGGCUAUAUCAAGUAGAAGCAACAUUUGCACCGAGGAGUCUGGAAUUUUACCAAUACUCAAGCUCAGCUACAAUGACUUGUCAUCACAGAUGAAGCAGUGCUUUGCUUUCUGUGCUGUUUUCCCCAAGGAUUACGAGAUUGAUGUAGACAAACUGAUCCAACUAUGGAUCGCACAUGGCUUCAUCCAGGACCACAAAGAAGUUAGUCCUGAAACCAUUGGCAACCGGAUUUUCAGCGAGUUGGCCUCAAGUUCAUUCUUUGUGGAUGUGAAGCAAGGAAAAGCCACAUCCUAUGAACGCAUGGUGGGGGGUAGUUAUUACAAACGUACAUGUAAAAUCCAUGAUCUUAUGCAUGAUGUUGCGCUGUCUACAAUGGAGAAUGAAUGUGGUUUUGCACCCGAGGAACCAAAUCGGAUUGAGUGGCUUCCAGAUACAGCUCGCCACUUACUUUUGUCUUGUGAAAAACCAGAAAUUGUUUUGAAUGAUUCUCUGGCAAGAAAAUCUCCAGCUAUUCAGACACUUCUGUGUGAUAGUUAUAUGGAACACCCACUGCAGCAUUUAUCAAAAUAUAGCACCUUGAAGGCACUACAGCUCCAUACGCGGAGAAGUCCAUUCCCCUUAAAAUCAAAGCAUCUUCAUCACCUAAGGUACCUUGAUCUCUCAAGAAGUGAUUUUGAAGCACUUCCUGAAGAUAUAAGCAUUCUAUAUAACCUGCAAACAUUGAAAAUCUCUGGCUGUCAAGAACUGUGUCGGCUUCCAAGACAAAUGAAGUAUAUGACUGCCCUCCGUCACCUCUACAGUCAUGAUUGUCCAAAGAUGAGCAGCAUGCCUGGUGACCUCCGGAAACUCAUGUCCCUUCAGACGCUUACGUGUUUUGUAGCAGGCCAGACUAGCUCUGAGUGCAGCAAUGUUGGAGAGUUGCAGCAUUUAAAUCUUGGUGGUCAGCUAGAGCUAAAUCAGCUAGAGAAUGUGACAGAAGAAGAUGCAAAAGCAGCAAAUCUCGGAAAGAAGAAGGAACUCCGAGAACUGACAUUAAAAUGGACUAUUGGUUCUAGGGAUGAUGCAAGGGUGCUUGAGUGUGUCAAGCCUCAUGAUGGCCUGCAGUCUCUAAGGAUAGAAUCCUACGGAGGCACCACAUUUCCAACAUGGAUGGCUAUGUCGCGAAACAUGGUUGAAAUCCAUCUUUCCUAUUGUAAAGACCUACAAUGGCUAUUCAGUUCUGGUGCAUCCUUCAGUUUUCCAAAUCUGAAGGAGUUUACACUUCGAGGUCUGGAAUGUUUGGAGGGAUGGUGGGAAUCAAGUAACAUGGAACAAGGAAAAGAGGCAGUAUUUCCUCAGCUUGAGAAGUUGCAUAUUCUUGACUGUGCAAAGCUGACAACAUUACCAGAAGCAACACUGCUUGGAGAAUCUUACGGUAGAAUGGAACGGCCAGCAUUUCCUAUGUUGAAGGUUCUCGAAUUGAGAUACUUGAGGAGCUUUAAGAGAUGGGAUGCAGUCGAAGGACCUCAAGGAGCAGAGAUAAUGUUUCCUCAGCUUGAGGAGUUGUAUGUUGCACACUGUGGAAAAAUCAAAGCAUCAUCAGGACAACAAAAGGUUUGUCCAAAGCUGACAAUAAAAGCUGAAUCACCAAAGCUACGUGUUUUAGAGAUGCAGGGCAGUGAGGAAGAGAUGUUCCUGUGGAUAGCUAGAAAUGUGACUUCACUGACCAAUCUGAAGCUGCAGAACUGUGAAGGCUCGGAAACAACCUCGGCAGCAGCGGCUGAUAAUAGUUUGACACAAGCGAUGAGCGCCAUGGAGAAUUGGAAACAUCACGAUUUCCCUCUGGCAGACAUGGAGUUAAUUGGCUUUAAGUCAGGCGUAACAGAGCUAUGUGCAAGCUUUGUACAGCUCCAACGCUUGUGCAUCAAUGAUUGUGCCGCACUUGUCCACUGGCCAGAGAAAGAGUUCCAAAGCUUGGUAUCCUUGAGGAGUCUGAACAUUAUGUCCUGCGAACAACUGGUUGGAUGCGCAGCCGAGCCAUCAACAACAACAUCAGAAUCCUCGAGUCAGCUCCUGCCACGCCUGGAGUCUCUCAAGAUAUAUGGCUGUACGAGUAUGGUAGAGGUCUUCAGACUCCCCGCGUCCCUGAGGAAGAUGACGAUUCGCGAUUGCGCGAAGCUCAGGUCCCUAUUCAGCAGGAGGCUGCAGCAGCAGGGACAACCAUCAGCAUCAUCUAUCGUUCAAGGCUCACCAACUGUAUAUUCAGAGGUGCUCCCAUGCUUAGAAGAGAUAGACAUACGUGGCUGCGACGGAUUAACAGGGGCCCUUGAUCUUCCCCCAUCCCUCAAGCACAUCAGCGUUUAUCGGUGCGGCGGGUUGAGGUCAGUGGAAUCUCACUCGGGAGAGUUCCCGUCGCUGAAGGUCCUCUCCAUCGGGCUCUGCGAGACCCUGUCAUCCCUACCGGAUGGCCCGCGAGUGUACCCGUCUCUCAGAGUGCUCAAGGUCUAUGACUGUCCUGGUAUGAAGAGACUCCCUGCUUGCCUGCAGCAACGCCUAGGCAGCCUCGAGGGGGUAACUCUAGAUGCCCAUCAUCAAGGACCUAUUCUGUCGAAGCCCAAGACAUGGAUAAAUGGCAUCUGCAGAGGUUAGUUGAGCUGCCGACAUGUGUGUGACACCAUCACCGUGUGAAGCUAUCAAACAGUGGCAGGAGAUGAUGAUGCCCCAUACAUAUAUUUUGAGUUACGGUGGAACUGUUUCCUCACACACAACCUAGGUGGAGUAGGACUCAUGUCUGGAUAAAGUUGGAGUAUUUCGCGCUUUAUGGCAAGAAUUCCGUGACACUUGGUUUAGGGCAUCCAUCAUGUCGUCAUCUCUGUUACAAGAGAUAUCCAUUUGCUGGGAUGCUACAUGAUUUCUGUUUUGCUAGGAGAAAUUUGUGAGAAUGUCACUGGUCUCCUGUCGAACUCUGGCACGUGCCUCCUGUGACGACCCAUGGCCGGGGAUGGCCGGCCUGAGCUCCACCUCUGCCCCCCUCCGAUGUGCUGUUUGUCAGUGGUUUCCUCCUUGAUAUUUGGCCAUGACAAGCGUAUCAUUCAAUUAUGUUGCUCACCUAUGAAAUAUUGGCAAGGACUUUGGGCUUCUAGUGUAAGGUUACAGCCCCACAAAAAAAAAUCCCCUUCCCAGAAUCAUUUUUUCUGAAUGCGGUAAGGUUGUCGCAAUGGCACAUUGAGGGGUUAAAAAGUGGAAUAUACUCUGGUGAACUAUCAUAAUAUUAUUAGGUUUCCAAAGAUGUGGUAAUAAAAUUAGGGGUUUAAUAUUUUUUGGUAGCUGA